AUGGAGGCUCCGCUCCUCCUCCCCAUCUCCACCGCCUCAUCCUGCGUCGACAUCACCACCGCCGACGCCGCGCCAUCGGGCCGUGACGGCCGUCCGGCGCCCUCCUCCUCCCCUUCCACGCAGAGCAUCGUCCUCCGCCUGGCGGCCGUGAUCACCGUCGCGUGCGCGUCCCUGUUCGCGCAGCACGAGGCCGGCAAGGGCUUCGCCGUCGCCGUUGCGAACGACGCGCCGCGGGGCAGCGCCGUGGGGCGGCGGUUCGACCUGCUCUUCGUGUCCAACGGCCGCGCCGAGCGCGCCCUGCUGCACGCCAGCCGCGGCGUGGAGCGCGCGCUGUUCCCGGACCCGUCGUUCCCGCGCAGGCAGGUCCGCCGCGUCACCGUCCGGAUGGCCGGGAGCAACCUCACCGCGGGCGCCACGGUGCACGCCGCGGCUCCAGGGGAGUACGUCGUCACCCUGAGCCCCAGUCUCGUCGCGUCGACCUCCGCCGGCUCCGCCGCCGACGCCGCGCUGCGCCGCGCCGUCGCGCGCAUGUGGCUCUGGGACGGCCGUGGCGCCGCCCCCGCGCGCGUCACCGAGUCCAUGGUCGAGUACCUCGCCUCCGUCGCGGUGGCCUGCGAUGGCGCCGAGGCCGAGGCGGCGGCGACACCUCUGUCGGACGAGGACGGGCACGGGUGCAGCAUGUCGGCGCGGCUCCUGAGGCACCUGGAGGCGCGGCGUGAGGGCUUCGUGGCGCGGCUGAACCGCGCGAUGAAGGACCGGUGGAGCGACGCCGCCGUGGACGCGGCGCUCGGCGCGCCGGCACGGCUCACCUGCGCAGGGGCGACGACGACGACGCCAUUGACCGGUCAGGACGACCCCACCGCCGCCGCCUCCGCGGCGCUGGCUGGCUCCGGCUCCACGUCGGACGCCGCCCGUGGGUCCAGCGUGGCAAUGUGA